AUGAGUAGCCAGUCAUCCCUACCAACCACGCUAGCUCCUGAGCUCUGGAACAAAAUCUUACCAGGUAUCAACGACCCUAGCACGCGAUUCAGUCCACUUUCCAUCUACUGGUUGAAUUGUCUAAGUGCAAGAGAGACAAUUGAGAUUUUAUUGCAACAUAAGCGCCAUCUUCUCGACUGGUCAAAAGAAGAUUCGAAAAGCUUUAAACGGCAGAGAAAACGAACAGAUGAAGGUGACAGUGAAGACGAGGACGAGGACGAGGAUGAUGGAGAAUUUGACGACUAUGUGCAAGAUAGUAACUCCGAAAGCGACGAGGAGUUUGAAUUGAACCAUUAUAGAGCAGACAUCUACAUCCUGAAUGUUGAGAUAAGACAAGAGAAGGAACUUAGCAAGGGCAAUAAAAGAGCCACUGCUUGGAACCCCGUCAAUGUCUUUAUUUACUUUGACGAAGGAGACGACGACAAGGACGAGAGUGUCAAAGGCAACAAGUUUGAUCAUGUCUUUUUAAAAGCGUCACAAUUGCAAAAACUUGCCCUAUUGGAGAAAGUCGGGUUGUAUAAGUUUGACCCUGCCAUUUUCCCCUUUUUGCAAAUAUGGAGCAACUACAAGAUCCCGCUGAGGUUGACAGUAUUGAGUUUCCCGCUUACGUUUGACGAUGCUUGUUUCCUUUCAUCUGCAGCUUCGGGGAAACUCGAUUACUACAAUCCCAGCGAUCCGUUUUUGCAAGCUGGCGCCGGCUCGGACUUGGCUGAAGUGGAAAAAGUGAUGGAUAAAGCAAGCCAGUGGAUUCAGUUCAUGUUGAGUUUGCAAAAUAGCGAGGAUCCAAUCAUUUGCAAAUCGACUUAUGGUCGAAUGAGAAGGAACUUUUUGCAGGCUAGUCGGGUCCAAUAUGGGCUUCUGUACAAGAGCUUAUUGCUUUUUUCGCAAACGCAAUUGUCCCCUAGUAGCUUCAAAGUGAGCUCAUUAACGAUGUAUUUGUUUGAUUAUGGGUUCGAUUACGAACGCACAUCGCCAGAAGGUCAAGUGUCCGUGUCUCUCUUGAGCAAUUUGUUUGAUUUGGCGCAGAUUGGGACAUUUGAGUUGAAACUAAACGGCGGUCUCAAAUCCAUUGGACCUGAACGUGUUUUGGCGCAAAGUUUGGAAAAAGUCCAGUGGAUGACUUUGGUGGUUCCAAAUUUUAACGUUGAUGAGUUUUUCAACAAUCUCAAUCACAACAUCAAGAGAAUUUCCAUGGUUAUCAAUGUCGAAUGCUAUGGUGCCAAAGGCUCGGAGGAAAGGUUGAAGAGGGACAAGAUGAUUAAAAGCAAGGCUGUCCAGCAGAGAACUUGUACUCUCGUUCACCCAGAUGGCAAGCACGAAAGGCAUUUCAUGUAUUAA